AUGGCGAACGAGGAAGGAGCUACCCCUGAGUUGCUAGAUGCUCUCGUCGACAAGCGCCACCGGUCGUACAUGUCUGCGGCGGACUACAUGAGGGCAGACGCAGACGACUUUACGGUUGCCAGGCACUUCGAGGCCUACUUACUGUGGCUGUUCGGCUGGGUCAUGUUCUGCAGCUCGCAGGGUGACUCGUGCCCCAAACAGCUCAUUCCUUUGGCGAGGUCGAUAGCUGACGCUCCACUUCACGAGAUGCCACAGUUCAGCUGGGGUUCUGCUAUUUUGGCUGCGAGUUAUAGGGGUCUUUGCACGGGCGUGACGAAGGUCUCAGCAGAGGAGCCCAUUUUUGUUGGGUGUCCUCUACUGUUACAGCUCUGGUCUUACGAGCGUUUUCCCGUCGGUAGGCCAGAGAUGGACUUCGAGCCGUACGUCCAGCUGUCCGCAGACCACGACGAUGUCGACAGACCUACGAUGGGUUCGUUGUGGUGCCUCAGGAGGCCUUCUUGGGUCGGCGUGCAGACGAGGAAGUCGUACCACGGCUUCGUUGGACAGUUUGACGCUCUUGUGGACACGGACGUGAGGUGGACACGGCAAGGUCAGCCACCAGGCUCGCGGUGGGCCGACAAGAUCCGUCCUUACGUCGACUCUUGGGCCGCGGCCCUCGACGACGUUGUUUUCGAGGAUCGGCCGCACAGCGACGAGGCGUUCGUGGACUACCUACGGUGGUACCUGCCGAGGACGCGCACACGUGUUGUGCACGUUCCACCAGAGGCUCCGAUCGAGGCCGCAAGGGUGUCGGAGACGUACCCCGUAGUUCGAGACCAGAACUUCGCCAUAGCGUACGAUGUCAUACGAGCGAUUGAGUCCGAGGCUUCGUCGAGUAUGGGCCAUUACCAUGACAUGACGCCCGCCCAGCACCAAAGCACGCUGCAGAAGAUCGUCGAUAUGUGCAAGCGAUUCCGACGAGCCGUGACCUGUCGUGAGGACGACACCUUCCUCCCACCUCGCAGUUCGGGGCCGGUUCCUGUGACCGGUCCAUCGUCACGACGGUCUGCACCCGCGGCACAGUCAGGUCCACCGCCAUCGCCACCGCCACCUGACACGAUGGCGACACCUUCGGGUUCUGCAGUUCGGCCCACGUACGUGCCGCGACCGGCACAUUUGUACUCGGCAGCGCCCGGCUCGUCGCUGUUUCCGUCGAUGGAUCCCUACGGCGCUGGAUCUUCGUCUCUUCGUCGUCCAAUACACGAUUUAGAGUACCGGCAGGUGAGAGGGACAGACGACGAUGAGGAGAUUCAGGAGGUGGACGACCUCGCGCAGAUGGAGUGGGUGAACACGUUCUUCUCUUCUGCACCGACGCAGGAGGUCGUCGGCACUUCACAGCUGGGGGGUGCCCCACUCGCGACGCAGGACUACAGUCAGGUGGAGCAGACGCCUGUUCCUGAGCAGGGUCGUCGGUCCACUCGCCAGACCAUCCCGCCGGAGCCACUGACGUACUCGCAGCACCACACUAGGGCGGUCCAGGCUGCAGAGCGACGUGGUAGGAGGAGAGGGGGCAAGCGCGGACACAUCUAG